CGGGCGCUUGCCUACGCGCUACUGCUGCUCAGGCGACUCGUUGGACAGUACCGCGCGCAACCUCAUCUUCUUCUCGUCCGACCACGCAGCAGCCGCCUUCUCUAAUUUAUUUGAUUACUCCUCUCCUACAUAGCCUCUGACAACCGUGGAAUAAGUAUUUUAGUUGGCUAAAACCCUGCAGCUCAUCUCAAAAUCCAUUUGUUCAUCGUCAUAGCUGUUGGCUCAACAAUCCACGAAAGCAGACCUCCCACCAUAUCCGAUACCAGCCUAGUCCAAAAUAUAUCAUCAGUGCAUGCUUGUGGCCGACCAACCGUUCUAUACAAGAGUCUAUAGCCAUGGAACAAUCCACCCAAAGUGCUAGCCAGCAGCAGGGCAGACAGCAACCUGUGUAUGAUACUAGAAACGGUGGACACUAUGGUGCUAGCGCAGCGCUUUCCGCACAGGGAUAUGCGCCUGUAGCUGAGCUUUAUACAGGUACUUGGGCGAAUGUCAAUCAAGGCUUGCAAGGGACGGCUCGUGAUAUUCUGACAACAUAUUGGCAACAUAUCAUCAACCACCUCGAAUCAGACAACCAUGAUUAUAAAAUCCACCAAUUGCCAUUGGCGCGUAUCAAGAAGGUCAUGAAAGCUGAUCCAGAGGUGAAAAUGAUUUCAGCCGAGGCACCAAUCCUCUUUGCUAAAGGAUGUGAUAUAUUCAUUACCGAGCUGACUAUGCGAGCUUGGAUUCAUGCCGAAGACAACAAGCGGCGCACUCUGCAGAGAUCAGAUAUUGCUGCAGCCCUCUCAAAAUCCGACAUGUUCGAUUUUCUCAUUGACAUAGUUCCCCGUGAGGAGGCCACGUCGCACGCAAAGCGAUCUAGUCAGGCAGCAGGUGCACCUUCAGGGGCCCCUGGGCCUACAGGCGCUGCAGGACAACUUCCGCCAUCUCAACACGGAGUGCAGCACCCCUCACAUCACAUGGCCCCCCCCGACUACAGUUUGGGCCAGCAUGGUCUUCAAGACCAAGAAUAUCGUCAACCAGCUAUGUAUGCGGGACCUGUGCAAUCGGAUCCGACUGCAGCAUAUGGCCAGCCGCAAUCUCAAAUGUUUGAAGGAAUGUAUGCCGCUUACCCGCACUUACCGCCUCAGCAGUGAUCGAGGCGCGUUAGAAGCGUACAUUACCCAUUUGGUUUUUUGUAGUUCCUUAUUUUGCGAGACUCGGGCUUUGAUCUUCAUAAUGGAGUUAUUUUAGUGACAGGCUGGUGAUGUUUAUUUGUCUAAACGGUUGAAAAGAUAUGGUAACGUAAUUAUUUGGUGUAGUCAGACUCCAAAUACACCAUAAAUCAUCUCAUUCCAAUACGCGUUGAGAAAGGAGGUAUAUUUUUACAUUUCUCCUAUCCUACAUCCCGCGCCUGCUUUUAUGAGGAGUCUACCCAAGCCCAGUUAUGGGGGCUAUCUAGGAUUUCUUUCCGAAUCUCGAAGAAAGUGUCGUGAAUUUGUCAGUCUUCACGGGACUUUGAAUAGAGCGAACCACCCUU